ACAACAGGAAGUGGCUGACGUUUUGAUUUAGAAAAAGAGCGGCUAAAAGUUUGAAAGUGUUUGUGAUUUCAUACAAUGUUGAUUAAAGAUCCGCGAAAAGAAAUUUACAGCAAAUUUCAAAACCAGCAUGUACUUGUAUUGGUUUCAUUUAAUGUUGAUGCCUUGUGUGCUUGCAAGAUCCUGCAGUAUUUAUUCCAGUGUGACCAAGUGUUGUACUCUAUCAUCCCUAUUACAGGAAAAGAAAGUCUUGAAACUGCUUUUAUGGAUAAUUGUGAAGGGGUUAAACAUAUUGUCAUGAUCAACUGUGGGGCAUCUUUUGACGUUGUGGAGUUGUUGCAACCUGAGAAAGAUGUGUGUUUCUACAUUUUUGACAGUCACAGGCCAAUUGAUGUACAUAAUGUGUACAAUAGUUUACAAGUCAAAGUACUUGUGAAAGAGAAUGAAAUUACUGACAUUCCUGAUUAUGAUACUAUCUUUAGAGAUGAUGAGGAUGAUAUGGAUAGUGAGGGUGAAGAUGAUGAAACAGGUUACAAGCAGCAUAAGAAACAAUUUGAUGAUAAAUAUUUAAUGAAGAAGCGAGAGAGAAGAUUAUGGGAAGAAAACAGAAACAAGACCUUGUUCACAUAUACACAGUUUUCUUCUUUUGGAACAUCUGCUGCUCUUCUGAUGUUGGAAAUGGCAUGGACCAUGUCAAAAGACACAAAUGACUUAAUCUGGUUUGCUGUUAUUGGUGUUACAGACCAGUUGUUGCAUUAUCAUAUAUCCAGAGAAAAAUAUAUUGAAGAUGUGAUGUUACUACAGUCUCAUUUAUCAAGACACAAUAGAAGAGGGGAGUCUGUUGAAGACUCAUUGCCAGUCAACAGUUUGAAGAUAUUUUUUGAAGAAGAGCUGCAACUGAUUUUUUAUCGACAUUGGUCAUUAUUUGAAAGUAUUUGCAAUUCAAUCACAACUGCUUGUAAAUUUAAAUUGUGGACAAUGAAAGGUCGUAAAAAGCUGCAAGAAUUUCUUGCUGAUAUGGGGAUACCUUUAACUCAAUGCCAGCAAAGAUACAAUGCUAUGGAUCCUAGUGUUAGAAAUAAUAUGAAGGAAUUAAUUUUAAAAUAUGUAGAAAAAUAUGGAUUGGCACCAGAAGAUAUCAUUAUUCCAUCAUUCAAUUCCCAUUAUGGCUAUCAUAAAAAGAUCAAUGCAGCUGACGUUGUUUUAGCUUGCUCAACAGUCCUUGAAAAUACAGAAGAAAAUAAUGAUACAGCUGAUAGUUUUUUUUAUGCUAUGGAUAUUUUACAAAGAGACUGCCUUUCUUCCAUGGAAAAAGGCAUUGAACUUUCAAAGAAACAGAUUGUUCUUAUAGUUUCUCAAGUCCAAACAUUACUCGAUAUGCGUCAAGUAAUGUGUGCUGGACCAUUUCUCUAUGCUUUUAUACGAGAAGGUUCUUCUGAUGCAUACAAACCCCAGUGUUUGCAAAGGUUGGCUAGAUUUGUUCUUGAAGCUUAUGAAGCUGGUAGACCCAGUAAAAAAGCUCGAUAUCUUCCGAUGAUAUUGUGUGCACCAUACAACAUUGACCAACAUAUUUCUAUAGUUAUUGGAAUUCCACCCUUGAAUUUAGAUGAUCAAAGAAAUUUUUUUGGAAAGGCAUUUGAACAAGCAGCUUUGGCUACAAAUUCUCGGAUAUUACACAACCAUUUUGACAACUUCAUUUUACUAAUAAACACUGAAGACAAAGAGAAGUUUUUCGAUGCUCUGAUUAAUAUAUUGCAGUAAAAAGAGGAAACUGAACAUUACAUCCAUGAUGAUAGUGUGAUGUUAUCUGUUGAUCCUGAAAGUUGUACAAAACAUUUUAAUCCUUUAUCAUUAUUCACAUCAUUGUUUUUAUGAUUCAGCAUUUGUAUGAUAUAUGAAAAAAUAAACUUUAUCUUGAUGCAGGAAUUU